CAACUUUCUGACUAGUGACAAAUGGGCCUACUUUCAUAGUUCAUGCUAUACUAUUCUGUCUUCUCUCUAUAUCCCUUUUUCCAAUGCAAUGAACUCUAAACCAUAAAUAAUCGCUCCAUUACGACAUUACCGACCCAUUUCUCUCUCAUCAUAAGUUACCUUCCAUUUUGAUCUUCUUCCCCACAAAAAGCGAACGUUUUCACAAAUCAUAAUUAAAAAUUCACAUUUAUUAAGCUUUGUAUUUGGUAAUGGCAUUAACAAAUAACACGUCGUUAAAGGAGAGAAAGUAAGCACAAACCGGGAAUAUUUUCUUUCCUUUUCAACUACUACUGGGUUAAAUUAAAUAACUUUACCUUUUAAUUUGAUUCCAAAAUUUUGUUUUCUGAUUUGGGUUUCAAGAUAAAUUUUCUGGGUUUUAUUUGUUUUGUGGAAUAAAACAGUAAUUUAGGACAAACACAGGGUGAGAGAAAAUAUGGGUUGGAUGAGUCCAAUAUUUCGUUUGUUUAGUGUGAUUUUUGGGUUUGUCGGGUUUGGUAUUGGGAUUACGAUUGGUCUGACUAUUGGUUAUUAUCUGUUCAUCUACUUUCAGAAAUCUGAUGUUCAGGAUCCUGAUGUUCGUCCACUUGCUGAGCAAGAUACAGAUAAAUUGCAGAGGCUACUUCCUGAAAUACCUCUUUGGGUGAAAAACCCUGAUUAUGACCGUAUGGAUUGGUUGAACCAGUUCUUAACGCAGAUGUGGCCAUAUCUGGACAAAGCAAUAUGCAAAACUGUAAAGGAUAUUACAACACCUAUCAUUGCUGAACAGAUUCCAAAAUACAAAAUUGACUCUGUUGAAUUUGAGAAACUCACCUUAGGGUCCUUACCACCAACUUUUCAAGGUAUGAAAGUCUAUGUCACAGAUGAGAAGGAGUUGAUUAUGGAGCCAUCUUUGAAGUGGGCAGCAAAUCCUAAUGUCAUGGUGGCUGUAAAAGCAUUUGGCUUGAAGGCAACAGCUCAGGUGUUGGAUCUUCAAGUAUUUGCUUCUCCCCGCAUUACUCUAAAGCCCUUGGUGCCAAGCUUCCCAUGUUUUGCUAACAUUUACGUGUCUCUUAUGGAGAAGCCACAUGUGGACUUUGGAUUGAAGGUUCUAGGAGCUGAUCUCAUGUCAAUUCCUGGUUUGUAUAGGUUUGUUCAGGAGCUGAUUAAAGAUCAAGUUGCUAAUAUGUAUCUAUGGCCACGCACACUUGCAGUACCAAUUCUGGAUCCCGUAAAAGCUCUAAGGAAGCCUGUAGGCAUUUUACAUGUUAAGGUUUUAAGAGCAACAAAGUUGAAAAAGAAAGAUCUCCUGGGUGCAUCAGACCCAUAUGUAAAAUUGAAGCUCAGUGAUGAUAAAACUCCAUCAAAGAAAACCAUGGUGAAGCACAAGAACUUGAACCCUGAAUGGAAUGAGGAAUUUAAUUUGACAGUUAGAGAUCCAGAAACCCAGAUGCUGGAACUUAAUGUGUAUGAUUGGGAGCAGGUCGGGAAACACGAUAAAAUGGGUAUGAGUUUUGUUCCUUUGAAAGAUCUUACUCCUGACGAGCCAAAGGAGUUCAAUCUUGAUCUCUUGAAAACUGCCGACCCAAAUGAUCCUCAAAAUGAGAAGUCACGGGGACAGAUUGUGGUUCAAUUGACAUACAAAGCAUUUAAAGAGGAGGAUCUCGGAAAAGAUUUUGAGGAUUCAACGCAACAAGCCCCUGAAGGAACUCCUGCGGGUGGAGGCGUACUUCUUGUGAGAAUACACGAAGGUCAAGAUCUUGAAGGAAAGCAUCAUUGUAAUCCAUAUGUCCGUAUCAUUUUCAGAGGGGAGGAGCGAAAGACCAAGGGUGUUAAGAAGAAUAGAGAUCCAAGGUGGGAUGAGCAGUUUCAGUUUGUUCUAGAAGAACCUCCCACAAAUGAUAAGCUGCAUGUUGAAGUUCUGAGUAGCUCAUCAAGAAGCUUACUUCACUCCAAAGAAUCGUUGGGGUUUGUCAAUAUCAAUCUUAAUGAUGUAGUUAACAACAUGCGGACAAACGAGAAGUAUAACCUUAUCGACUCGAAGAACGGCCACAUCCUAGUCGAGCUUAUAUGGAGAGCAGCCCCCCCGAUGUCUUAAUCUUCAAUACGGAGCAAGAAAGAUGUUGCUGCCGAUCUUUCUAACUUUACUGGAAAAUCUUUUUGCUUCUGUAGAUGUUGAAUAUAUUGUAGCUGGGAUAAUCUUCUCUGGGUCUUUUAUCAUUGGCAGUUGUGACUUUAAGAGGUUCUGAACAAUAUAGCGGCAAAUGAUUCUGUUAUAAUGGAUAUUGGAUUCAUUCAAUUCAAAAAUGACUGAUGUUACAUGUAAA